ACGGCUGCGGAGUUUAAACCCAAACCGCGGCCGCGAGCGCCGGGCUCAGGGAGCUGGGUGGUGGUCGCCUCACGCUGAAAAAGCAGUAAGUCAGUGACCUGUGACUUUUGGCGUGGCCUCGCCGUGCCUGGCGGGAUCCGUGCCCUCCCCAAGACGAACCGCCCGGCGUGGCCCUCCGGGGUCUCGGGUCCGCUGAGCCCCGCGCGGCCCGCGGCCCCGCCCCCUCGGCCUCCAGUCUCCAGGACUGCGGCCCCAGCACUGGCUCCGAGGGCCUCCUUGGAGUGAUGGAGUACCCCGUGAUGGAAACUGACACACUUACCUCAGGAAUUAAAAGACGCGUGAAAGACAAAAGAAUUUCAAAGACUGCUAAGUUGAAUGUUUCUCUUGCGUCAAAAAUCAAAACAAAAAUAAUAAACAAUUCUUCUAUUUUCAAAAUUUCCUUAAAGCACAACAAUAGGGCAUUAGCUCAGGCUCUUAGUAGAGAGAAAGAGAAUUCUCGAAGAAUUACAACUGACAAGAUGUUAUUGCAAAAAGAAGUGGAGAAACUGAAUUUUGAGAACACAUUUCUUCGCCUAAAGCUAAAUAAUUUGAAUAAGAAGCUUAUAGAAAUAGAAGCACUCAUGAACAAUAACUUGAUAACUGCCAUUGAAAUGAGCACUCUUUCUGAGUUCCAUCAGAGUCCCUUUCUGCUGCCAAGUAGCAAGAAGAAACGGGUUAGUAAACAGUGCAAAUUAAUGCGUCUUCCAUUUGCAAGGGUUCCAUUAACUUCAAAUGAUGAUGAGGAGGAAGAUAAAGAGAAAACGCAAUGUGACAACAAUAUAUCAAAGACAUCACCUGGUAUUCCUUCUUUAGCAUCAACAAGACCAUUACCAACUCAGCAUAAUUUGGAAUUAUUAUUUCUUAAAGAAAAUGAGCAGAAUGUUUGUGGUUUAAAUGCCUCAGAACCUGUUUUAUCUGUUGUUGAUAUACUUCCCAAAGAAAGCCAUUCCCACUCAGACCAAAGCUCCUGGAGUUCUCUAACGAGUGAGAUAAAUAAUGCACAGUCAAUCAGUCACAGAAAGGAGAAACUAUCUCCUAGUAAUAUAACUAAAAGGAAAAAACGUGUAUCAUCUUGGGAAUCAAAUAAUCCUGCAGACACUCCUUGUGUGACAGAUUUAGAUCAACAGAUUUCAAGACCAGAAUUAAAUUGGAAUAAUGAGAUAAAAGAUUGUACUAAUGAAACAAAUAUUAAAAUUCAAAGAAAUGUACAGUGCCUUCCUGCCUCAUCUGAGUCUGCAAGUGAACCUACUGCAGAGGGCAUGAGUCAAGUUCAGGGUAAUGAUGACUUUCAGUUGCAGAAAACUGUGUAUGAUGAUGACAUGGAUUUAACUGCUAGUGAAGUAAGCAAAAUUGUUACAGUUUCAACAGGUGCUAGAAAUAAAAGUAAUAAAAAAACAAAUGAGUGUGGAAUGAAAACUUUCAGAAAAGUGAAAGAUUCAAGCUCUGAAAAAAAGAGAGAAAGAUCAAAAAGACAAUUUAAAAAAAGUUCAGAUGUGGAUAUUGAGGAAAAGAGUGAAAAUGGACCAGAAAGAAGAUCUGUUGUCUUGGAAGGUGAAGGGGACUCAAAAGAUCCAAAUUUUAUUCCCAGUACUGAACAGCUGACUCAGUUGAACACGCUGAAGAAAAUGUCCCUUCAUAGUGACUUUGAUCAAGAUGCCAGACAAAGUACACAGUAUAACAAAAAGAAGAAAAUAAUUCAUGUAACAGAUGAGCAAGAGGAAACAUUCUCUCUCUCCCAAAGUGCAGAUAAAUUCCAUGAGGACGGUAAAUUUGACAUGGGCCUGAGUGCUCUAGCUUGUAAGAAAAGUAAAGCUUCUAGGCAGACAUUUGUGAUUCAUAACUUAGGUAAAGAUAACUUAUUCCCAAACCAAAAAGUUAAAGAGGACACCUCUGAAAACCUAGAAGUCACAAAUGAAUUUCAAACAGCUUAUCUUUUCAACAAAGGUAAUGGAAAUGUAUGUGAUUAUGAGUCCCAAAAUACGUCAGAUUUGAAAAAGCAAGUCACUGAUGUGCAACCCCCUCAGCAAAAUGAAUCAAAAAUAAAUAAGAAGCUUAGGCAGAAAGUAAAUCGGAAAACAGAGAUAAUUUCUGAAAUGAACCAAAUAUUUGGAGAUAAUACUAAAGAUGUAUGUGGCCCAGAAAAAAGUAACUUUUCCUUCGAAACCCAAGAGGAUAAAAAAACCAUCUCUGGAAACCUACAAGUUUCAAAUGAGUUUCAAAAAUCUGCUCUUUCCACUGGCAAUAAUGGACACCUGUGUGAUUGUGAGACCCAGAAUGUGUUGGGUUUGCAAAAGCAGAUCACCAGUGUGUACCCUGUUCAGCAAAAUGAAUCAAAAAUCAAUAAGAAUCUUAGGCAGAAAGUAAAUCGGAAGACUGAAAUAAUUUCCAAAGUGAAUCAUUUCGAUAAUGACAGAAGUGGUAACCCAGAAAAGGGUAACUCUUCCAUCCUAACCCGGAACAAAGAAAUCACCCCUGAUAGCCUACAAGAUACAAGUGAGUUUCAAAUACCUAUUUCUACCCAAGAUAGUGGAAAUCUAGAUUAUGAGACUCAGAAUGUUUUGGGGGUGAUAAAACAUGUACAUGCUAUACAACCUGCUUAUCAAAAUGAAUCAAAAAUGGGUAAGAAGCUUAGGCAGAAGGCAUGUCGGAAGACGGAAAUAAUUUCUGAAAUCAACCAAAUAUGUGAGAAUGAUGACAAAGGCUUGCAUGACCCAGAAAAAAGUAACUUAUUUUCUCUAACCCAAAAAGAUAAAGAAAUCGUCCCUGAAAACUUAGAAGACUCAAUUGACUUUCAGAUAGCUGAUCUUUCUCCUAGAGGUAAUAGGAGCCUAUGUGAUUAUGAAACUCAAAACCUUUUAGGGGUGAAAAAGCAUGCUACUGAUAUGCCACCUGCAAAGCAAAAUGAAUCAAAAAUAAGUAAGAAGUUCAAGCAGAAAGAAAGUCGAAAGACAGAGAUAAUUUUGGAAACGAACCGAAAAAAUGAUUUUAAUAACAAAGGUAUACAUGAGCCAGAAAAAGGUAACUUCUUUUCCCUAACCCCAGGAGAUAAAGGAACCAUUUCUGAAAACCUAGAAGUCACAAAUGAAUUUCAGACAAUUUAUCUUUCCACCAAAGAUAAUGGAAAUUUAUAUGAUUAUGAGACCCAGAAUAUGUUGGAUUUGAAAAAGCAUGUCAGUGAUAUGCAACCCACUCAGCAAAAUGAAUCAAAAAUAAGUAAGAAGCUUAGGCAGAAAGUAAGUCGAAAGACAGAGAUAAUUUCUGAAAUGUACCAGAUAUAUGAGGAUAAGGAUAAAGAUGUGGAUAGCCAAGAAAGCUGUACAAAAGAUCUUGAUUUUAAAAUAAACAAAUCUAAACAAAGACUUGAAGGCCAAGGUAUUAUCAAUGGAUACAGUAUGGAAAUCAACAGUAAUGAAAAGGAAAAUUGUGACCAAAUUUCAAAUCCUUACAAAUUAGUUAAAAAGCACAGGAAAGAAUCAUCUGGCAAGGCAAAGAACGUUUUGGCAAAAGGUAAAAACAAGCCAAUUUUGCAGUUAACAGGUUCUUCACAGACAUCUGUCUCCUUAGAACCAGGUUUAAAACAUAUUACUGAUGAAGCAGAUGCUGAUACUGGAAACAAAAUGGAACUACAUAAGAAUCCAAAGCAAAGCACUACAACUCUGAACAAAAAGAGAGAUCUUCCGUUUGUGGAAGUGACAAAGGAAGGAGAGUGCCAGGUCAAAAGAGUAAGUAAGGUGACAUCUAAAUCAAAGAAAAGGAAGACCUCCAUGGAUCCUUCUUCAGAUAGUCAUGAACUAAUGAGAAUGAUAUCUGACACCAUUCAGGGAAUAUCAGUUGAAUCCGAACACACAGUUAAGGAAAAAAAUUUGGAAAAUGAGAAAAUUGUGAAGAUGAAACCAGACUUUUACACAAAAAUGGUUACAUCUUUAUCUCAGAUAUAUUCACCUAACAGACAAGGUUCUUCCUUUAGCGGUGUUCUUGAGGGUUCAGUACCUUUGAGUAUUUCUUCUAGUAAAAGUCUGAAAGAAAAUUUUGCUUUGGAGAGCUCACCUGUCUUUCAAGUAAGUGAUGAUGUGCAUGAGACGAAAGAGAUGAAAUUUAAGGUGAACCGGAGAACACAAAAAUCGGGAAUAGGUGUUAGAACGCUGCAGGAUUUGACAAAUAACAGUUUUGUUUCAAAUAAUGCUGCUAAACCUGAAAACAAGUCAGAAGAUCUAUCUUCAGAGCUGUCAAGCCGAAGAAGAAGGUGUACUCCUCUCUCUUUAAAAGAGCCGAGUCUCAAAGGGAAGAUGAGAAGAUGAGUUGAAUUUAUGGAUUCUGCUUUUUCUGAAUUCUCAGACCAUAACAAGUCAAAACAUGGGUAUAACCAGGAUUAAGAAGGUGAAACACAUGAUUAAAAGCUUUGGAGUGUUUUUUUUUUUCCCUGCCUUUUCAUGGAGUGUUUAUUUAUCUAUUCUUAUGUUUAAAUAAUAUGCAUAAGGUAGCUAUAUUGCAAUAUUAAGCUUUUUAAAUUAUUUUGGUCAUCCUAUAACUUAUCUUCCUGUUCAUUUAAGCUCCUUUCAACCAAACAACCUUUAACUAAACAAUAGCUGUUAGCCUUUUAACCAAAUAAAAUGUAUUAUAAAUACUUUUGCAUUGGUUAUCUUGUGUACCAGGCUGUCUUGUUUUGUUUUGUUUUGUUUUGUUUUAAACCAUUCAGUAAUGUAAGCACCCAUAAGAUGUGAAUACCUAUAAGAUCUUAAAAGUCACCUUUUGCCCUGGCCACGUUCCCUCACCUUUCAUUCUUCUUCUUUCAAAAUUGCUUUUUCAAUGUCAGCUUCUGUAUUACUUCCAUUAUAUGUAAUCUGAUGACUUGGCUGAGGGGUUAACCUCUCAGGCUCUUUUGAAUUUGAUUUUUACAACUUUAAUUUGAAGAUCACUUACUAUUCUAGUAUUAAAAAGUAGUAAAUUCUAUUCAUAUCUGAGAUUAAUGGAUAUAGCUUAGUGUAUUCAAAUGACUAGU